AUUUUCACAUUUUCCCUAAAAAAAAAAAAAAAAAAAGUGCUACAAACAUCCUCCGUAGCCCUGAGCUCAAAGAACACAACCCUCCGUAGAUUUCUUAGAUCCUAUUUUCUUGGUCUCUUCACGCGUUAAUUCACUUCACAUAUACUACAACAAAACUGAUAUUUAUAUUCAGCUUUAAGUUUCAUAUUUCAGUGACGCCUAUAAAAUCCCGGAAGAAAAUGGACGAGAUGAAAGGUAAAAUGAAGGGUUUUAUGAAGAAGGUCAACAACCCAUUUUCAUCAUCUUCUUCAGAAAAAUUCAAGGGCCAAGGUAGAGUCUUGGGCUCUUCUUCGUCUUCUCCACCUUCGAGAGGCCCUGCAAACUUCGAUGCAACCAGACCUCCACAAUCUUUGAGUACUCCAAAGCAAAAUCAAUCUUUAUCAUCAAAUUCCAAGCCUGCAACUCAAAAAUUGAGUAAUAAUUCUGAACAGAAAAUUGAGGAUAAAAAACCUGCAAUCCGGGUUGAAUCAGAUGGGAAUGAGAAGUCUGAAAAUGGGUUUGACCCAUUUAACUCAUUGAUCACUUCUGGGAAAAGGAAUCCCAACGGGUAUACUUUGAAAGUGUUCGAGUGUCCUGUUUGUGGUAAAGGCUAUAGCUUUGAAGAGGAGGUGUCUUCUCAUGUUGAGACUUGUUUGAAUAACUCCGUAUCACGUAAUUUGAGGGAUAGUGAAAAAGAAAUUGAGGAUAGCAAGAAUGAAGUGGAGGCCUGUUUUACUGCAUAUUUGUCAGGGAAUCCUUCAGCGGGAUCACUGGAUGUAGUUCUGAAGCUUUUGAAGAAUAUUGUGAAGGAGCCAGAUAAUACUAAGUUUAGGAAGAUUCGGAUGGGGAAUCCGAAAGUAAAGGAUGCCAUUGGAGAUAUUCUGGGAGGAGUGGAGUUAUUUGAAUUCAUGGGCUUUGAGUUGAAAGAGGAAAGUGGCGAGAUGUGGCUGGUGAUGGAUGCUCCAUCGGAGGAACGACUUGGUUUGGUGAAGAAUGUCAUAUCAUUAUUGGAGCCAAAGAAGGUUGAGGAACCUUCAUCUGCAGCUCCAGCUAAUUUAGGGGAACCCAUGGAGCCCAAGAAGGUUGAUAGACAGACACGGGUUUUCUGUUCGGUCCCUGAAAGUGUAGCUGCAAAAAUUGAGCUCCCUGAUUCUUUCUACAACCUCUCUGCUGAAGAAUUAAGAAGAGAAGCAGACAUGAGGAAGAAGAAAAUUGAAGAGUCCAAGCUUUUAAUUCCUAAAUCGUAUAGAGAAAAGCAGGCUAAAGCUGCUAAAAAGAGGUACAAUAGAACAGUUAUCAGGAUACAGUUUCCUGACGGGGUGGUUCUUCAAGGUAUCUUUUCACCUACAGAGCCUACUGGUGCUUUAUAUGAGUUUGUGAGCUCUGCACUGAAAGAACCAAGGUUAAAGUUUGAGCUGAUACAUCCAGUUUUAAUCAAACGGCGGGUGAUCCCACAUUUUUCUGCAGCUGGAGGACGAAACGUGACAUUCGAAGAGGAGGAUUUGGUCCCUUCAGCACUAGUCAAGUUUAAACCUAUUGAAACAGAUACUGUUGUUUUUACGGGUCUCUGUAAUGAACUGCUCGAAAUCAUUGAACCCCUUAAAACUGGUUCGGCAGUUCCUUCAGUAUAAUAUCUACACUUGAAUACCAAAAUAAACUCAAAUGCAUUGCUUGGAAUGUGAAUUUAUGCUGAAAUCAACUUCAUACCGCUGUAUUUGAUUCAGAUUUUUGUUGCUAAAAUUUAUGGUUUUCUAUAUCGAUCUCUCUUGUUCA